GAGGCAGCGCUAGUGCGCGCCGGCGCAGCAGUCCUAACGAAAGUGUCUUGUAGUGCUUUUUUUAGUGCCAGUGAAAAUUAUUUAGAACUUAGACUAGUACCAGAACUUAAGUUAUAUAGAGGUCAAUGUACUCAGCUGGCGUAGAUGCAAGUUCCUCAACAGAAACAAAAGACCGUCGGUGAAAUACUUUGGACUUUUAUAAAAGACUUUGUGUACUUAUAUUUGAAGUUCUUGCUGUACGCUGUGGCUAUCUACAUACUGUUCUACUAUUACGACUACUAUCUAGGGUAGUAGGCAGACAAUGUGAAGUGAUAUUGUGAACUUUGUGGAGCUUAUCAAGUGUUAAAGUAAUUCAGUCACCACGGACCAGUCGGGUCAAACUGGCAGAAUGACGAGAGCUCGACACAGAUGGCUUGGAAUCAGCUUAUUUUGUGUGUUAAUUCUGGUGGUAUCAGUAGAGGUGCCAGGAGCGCGGGCAGUGCGCGCCACCUCACUCAUCUUCGCUAAGACCUCCAGCACCACCAGCGCGCCGGAGGAAACCUCGGAGACAGAAGAUGACGCAUUGGCAGAAACAACUGCGGAAGGUGGCGAUGGUGCGGAAGCUCAGAACGCAACCAAGAAGUUGUCCGGCAUCCCCCAGAUAGAUUAUAUCUACGAUCCAAACCUCCCCCGGGAACUCAAUGGGUACAACCUGUCCGAGUACCCGUUCUAUGAGACAGUGCCUCCUCCCGAGACAAUGGACUUCAAAUGUGACGGCCUGCACGAUGGCUUCUACGCCUCAGUACCUCACAAAUGUCAGGUAUAUCACCACUGCCUGUUCGGUACACGGUAUGACUUCCUGUGUGCCAACUACACUGCCUUCGACCAGAAGACCUUCAUCUGCCACUUCGUCUCCGAGGUCGACUGCAAGAACUCCCCCAAUUACUUCAACAGAAACGAGGCUCUGUACAAAGCGGCGUCGACAGCUCCGCCACCGCCCCCGCCGACCACAACUACCACGACCACCACUACGACGACCACGGCACCACCGCGACCACAACGACCACCGCGACGUCGCCGCCCUAGCUACAGAUACGAUUACUACGAUGACGAGUACUACUACCCUGCUAGAGACGACUACGACUAUGGAUACGAAGAAAGAGGUGGAAGAACAAGGAGACCGCAAGGAAGGCCGGCGCGACCAGCUAAAAGGAGACCUUAUGAUGACUAUGACGAGAAAUAUGAACCUAGACCGCGGCCAAGGGAUGAAAGUGAAGAUUAUGCUGAAGAAAGAAGACCGUAUGACAGAAGACCUGGGAAAAGGCCAUACCUAGAAAGAAGACCUUAUGAAGAUGAUGACAGAAUGACAGAGAGACGUCCUAAUUACAAGGGAGGCAGAAGACCAGGUCGGCCGAGAGAUACUGAGGAAGAUCCAUAUAAACCCGCCGACGAGGACAGACCUCGCACUGCACCUCGUGAUCAAAAGAGAAACGAAUAUAGACCUAGAGAUAAAAACCGGCCUAUCGAUGAUACAAGUGAUAAGGCACAAGACGAUGAAAGUUCUAGAGAUGAUUUAAUGCCUUACGAAGAAAGGCCUAGAUCUGAGUCGAGGUACCGUAAUGAGGGUAGACCGAGGGAUAACUUUAGACCGCGAGAUGAAAUAAAGCCCACCGUAGAUAUCACUUCACCGGAUGAAAUACCAUCCGGAAGAGGUGAUGCUAAGACUCGAGAUGAAAUACGACCCCGAGAAGAAAUACGGCCUCGAGAUGAGAGCCGUUCUCGGGAUGAAACGAGACCCAGAGAUGCUAGACCUCGAGAUGACGUAAGAUCUAGAGAAGAUAAGAGGCCUAGGGAUGAGACGAGGUAUAGGGACGACCUUCGGCCACGAGAUGAAAGGAGACCUUUAAGAGAGGAUACGGGAAAUGACGAUGGCAAAAGAGAUAGCCUUAAACCACGAGAUCGAUAUCAGCCAACCGAAGGACGCCGUCAGUAUAACAGAGACGAAAGACCUUACAGACGUGAGGAAAGACCGGCAUACCUAAAGCCUGAAAAAAAUAACGAGAAUGAUGAUAAACCACAAGAAGACAAACGACAAGUUCCAUCAGCUCCAGAAGGUCAGCCAUUAGUAAAACCUAACGGCCAUGGAAUUUUUAGUCAACCACGUAUUCCUCCAAAAAUAAAACGUCCCGUCCCAGCUAAUGAAAAAGAGAAAUAUGAUUACGUUCCUAUAGCUACAACAAAACCUCCGCCUAAAAUAGAUGAUGAAUAUUAUGAUGAUUACGAAGAAGAAAUAAGUAAGCCGUCAUCUUCCGGAAAAUCUAGUGCAAUUCAGCAAAGGCCAAAAGCAGAACCAGUUGUAAAAGAAAAAUUUAAGCCUACGAGAUCAUAUCUAACAGCACCCGGCAAUCAAAAGGUCACAAACCCGAAACGAGUAGAAGAUUAUGAUGAUUACGAAUACGACCAACCAGCAAAGAAACCCAGUUAUUAUCAACGCAACAGAGAUGAACGACUCGCGAAACCAAACACAAGCGAAGACGAUUAUUACUACGAGGAGGAAAAACAUUCGAGCACUGAGAAACCGAAGUUAAAAGAAGAGGAUAUUGUAAUUAAGAUUAAAGAAGUACGACCAUCUAACGUCAGAGUUGUUAAACGUCCUUUUUUACCGUCUAGGGGUGGAAGUCCUUACCUGCCGCGAGGCUUGCAACCCGUGGCUGGGAAGGAUCUAAAUAUACCGCCCAAUACCACCCCUAAACCCACUACCACGACUACUACCACUACAACGACCACUACUACCUUGCCUCCCCCUACUACGACUACUCCUACAACCACUACUCCAACAACCACUGCCAAAAUCAUAAACACAGAAGCAACUACAACUACAACUGAAAGAAUGACCACAACUUUAGGCACCGAGAAACCAAUCCAUGAAGAAAAUUUUAAACCCGAGGAAGAAUACGAGUAUUACGAUGAAGAGGAUAUUGAAUACGAAGUACAUGAGAAAAAGCAACAGGAAAUUAAAGAAACUACUACAACUGAAGUGAUAGUGACAACGCCAACGACCACCACGAGCACAGUGGCCACAACACCUGCGGACAAGGCGAAGGUCCUCGCCACGAAAGUCCUAAGAGUCUUUAACGACAAUUAUGAAGCCAUAAGGAACAAACUGCAGUCUACGCUAUCACCGGGCGACUACCUCAAGCCUUAUCUCGCAACAUCCGAGCCAAUUACAGACAAAGAGGCUCGAAAUAAAUUGCCGCAACUGAAACCUGAAAUCUCAAAACCUUACACGGCAACGGGAAAGCCGCUUCGGGUGCCAGAGGAUUUUUCAAUAAAGCAAAAUCUAGCUGAUUCUAUAGAAAACGAUUACGACGUGGCGUUAAACGAGGCUCUAGCCUCCAUCCCUCCUAAGGUGCGAGUUCCUAGCGGCUUCGUCGUGUCCCCGGAGAGGGAUUAUUCCUUCACGAGGUUUAGGAACAAUUUUAACACCGAACCUCAAUACGCUGCGUCAGAGUUGAGCACUUUACAAACGAGAAAACGACCACAAGUACAAGGGGUUAGUAUUAGGACACCCACCACGUUUUACCUGCACCCACAGAGGGUCAGUUACCAUGAGGACGGGUUAACAAGGCCGCCGCGACAACUGGUGUACCGACAUCCCACCAGCAGCUUCUUCUAAGCGUAUAUCACAGGUAACCUUUGAAAGACUUGAGAAGGAAAGAAUUAAAAGAAACUUUUUAAGACGAGUUACAUUAUAAUAAGCGAAUAAAUUACGAGUCUUAGAUAUAUGGUUUUUAAUUUCAAAGGUUACAAUUAUUGUACAAUUAAAUGAAAUAAUCUAAUAAAAAUCUCUCUGAACUUAGAAUUUCCGAACUAGGUAAUACAUAUUUAUUUAGCGAUAAACUAUUCAUAAUUAUUAUCUUCAAUGCAAUUAUUUCAACAAAACACGAUCACUGCCAACUUAUAAUUCUAGUUAAGGUCGAUAAAUACUCCUUAGUUACCUCUAUUUUUAAGAAAAUCGUUUUUUUUCAAAGGUUACCUGAAGCCUUCAACUGUCGGAGAAGAAUUACUGGUUCACCUUGAAAGAAAUAAUAUUGUAUACUAGUUAAUACUAAAAGAAUAUUUAUAAUUUUCCAAUGUCUAUACAGACAAUUGUAGGCAAAAAAUUUGUAACAUAGUCUUCGUACUAAGUGAUUUUUCUCCAUAGUUUCAUAAAUUUGUAAAUUUUAUAAAUAAAACCAGUUGAUAAGUUUAUAAUUAAUUGUAAUUGAUAAUUCU